CAAUCAUGCUCUCACGCAUCAUCAUCAGACCUUGCUUUCUCCAAUUGCGCCUCUCAUCUGUCCCCUCUUUUUGGCAAAAUUCCACUUUUAACCAAAAUUGAAAAAACCAAUUAAAAAUUAUAUCUUUCUUUCGCUUUCUUCUCUCUCGUUAUCGCUGUAAAUAAGUUUCUUUCUGUGGGGGCUCAUGGAGGUUUGAUCAAUAUCCCCCCAGAAACAAGACUUCUCAUCCUUCAUCAACAACAUUGCACAUUCCUACCUGAAGGAAACACUUUCCAGGUGCUGUAGGGGGCGUAUUGAUUCUUUCUGGGAUAAUACCUAUUCGGGGUUUCUCAUUCCUCCUCCAAGGAAUAUUUGGAACUAGCUGCUCGAUUCAUCACAUUCUAAGGGUUUCUCUUGGCAGAUCCGGGAUACAACAAAAAUUCAUCGGAAGAGACUGAUCGGCUUUGACCGUUACAACCAUUUCGUUUGGGGCUCUCAGAAACCUCGUUGGAGUUGUUGGUAGUUUGGUAACAAGGAAGAAUCUCUGCGCAGACAUGUCGAUUUCAGUUGAGUGAUUUCGGAUUGAUUGAGGUUUGACCUACCUUUUUGAGGAUAUCUAAUCGUUCUGACGUGAAGCAUAGGACCCGUUAUGAAUCUGAUUCUUAAACGGGGCUGAUUUGCUUAAGAGGGAGCCAUGAGGUUUCUAAGCCUUGUGGGGAAUUCUUUCGGCUGUUCAGCCUCUGGGGAGAGAUUGGUUUCUGCAGCAAGAGAUGGCGACAUUCAAGAGGCCAAAGCCUUAUUGGAAUAUAAUCCUCGUCUUGCGAGGUAUUCCACUUUCGGAGUUCGCAAUUCCCCUCUGCAUUACUCUGCAGCUCAUGGCCACCACGAGAUAGUGUAUCUCUUGUUGGAAUCUGUUGAUAUAAAUCUCAGGAACUAUCGGGGUCAGACUGCCUUGAUGCAAGCUUGUCAGCAUGGUCACUGGGAGGUGGUACAGAUCCUGAUUCUGUUUAACGCCAAUAUUCAUAAAGCGGAUUAUCUUAAUGGAGGUACGGCACUGCACUUGGCUGCUUUAAAUGGCCAUUCCAGGUGUAUCCGUCUUCUCCUUGCAGACUACAUACCCAGCAUCCCUGACUUUUGGGGUAAACUACAGAGGGGCGAUCAUAAAUCGAUCCCAGACUUUGAUGAAAGUGGUCUUCACGAGGCAAUUAACAGAACUUCUGAUGGAGGGAUCACUGCUCUGCAUAUGGCAGCAUUGAAUGGCCAUGUUGAAAGUGUGCAAUUACUCUUAGACUUGGGAGCUUCUGUGUCUGAGGUUACUGUAGAGGACGGGACUACAAUUGAUCUAAUUGGUGCCGGUAGCACUCCCCUCCAUUAUGCUGCGUGUGGUGGGAAUGCACAAUGCUGUCAACUUUUGAUUCUCAAAGGUGCCAGUCUAACUGCUGAAAAUGCAAAGGGUAUAUGGACCCCCUUGAUGGUUGCUCGUUCAUGGCAUAGAAAUUGGCUCGAGAACAUGUUGACCAAUGGACCAGAAGAAGACUUGCAAGUUCUUCCUUCGCCAUAUUUAUCUCUUCCACUUAUGAGCAUUGUGAAAAUUGCUAGAGAAUGUGGAUGGAGGGUUGAAACAGCAGCACCAUGUUCUGAUCCAUGUUCUGUUUGUUUGGAAAGGAAAUGUAUGGUAGCUGUAGAAGGUUGUGACCAUGAGUUCUGCACACAAUGCGCCUUGUAUCUUUGUUCAACAAACUCGGCUUCAACAACGAAUCAAGGACCACCAGGCUCAAUUGCGUGUCCACUUUGUCGGCAUGGCAUUGUGUCAUAUGUCAAGCUUCUAGACACAAGACCGUUGGUGAAGGAUGUCUCGAGGAUCACGAACUUGUCCCUAGCGUUCUGCACCUGUUCCAGCGAGAUAUUGGAGCCGGAGGAGGAGCCGACCAACAUGAAAAUCCCAUUUUGCAAACCAACACACCGAGUUUCCCACUCUGCAUCAUUUCGCUCCCUAAGCUGCCAGAAGUUCCCUUCAUUCAAACUCAACUCAAGCCUGUGCUUAGGAGCUGAUGUUAGCUCCUCGGUGGUUCCUAACCGGAGUCUGAGGAGCCACUCACCUCGAUGUUCCGGUUCUGGUUUUAGAAGAACAUCUUCUGCCCAAGAGGGAAGAAAGUCAUCAUCUUGGUUUUGUUCACUGAAUCAGUCUGUUGCCACUGGAGAUGGAUGCUGAUUUCGUUUUGGGUCUCUCUUUUCCUUCAUUUGUUCCACAAAUUUUAGCAGUGCCCAGCCUAAGAGUCCUUUAAAGCCCCAUUAUGCAAAGUUCCAAACCUCUGUUGAUAGUCCAUAUUGGCUUGUAAAUACAAUACCACCCAUUUGUUCAGCAGAGAAAAAAGUGCUUCUUUUUUCGACAAAGUUCACUCACAAGUUGAGGAUGAAUUUACGUAGUGCGGAGAAGUUGUUCAGAGUGUGUUACAUGUGCAUGUGGUGUUUGCCAUGUGAGAAACCUCCUGGUUAGAUGCAUCUUAUAUAUAUAAUUCUCUCACAGCCAUCUUCUGCAAAUUUCUGUGGUGGUCUUCAAGACUAUGUCAAAAUUACAGCGCAUAUAUUUUUUUUUUGGGGUUUGUUACCAACAAUUUCUUCUAAAUUAUCACUAAAGCUUUUUGCUGUUUAGGAUUAAAACACGCAAAUGCCAAAGAUGUGCAUUCGCGGUACUCUGAAGAACUCUGUGUCAAGCUUAGCAUAUUGAAGUCUAUCUGUAAAUUUUUACCAUGUUACAAUCUCAAAGUGUUACUUUAUCUGAAA